AGUUAUGUAGCAGUUUGAAGAUCUCUACCAUUGCAUCUGUCUUAACAAUUUGUGGUGGCUAGACUGAAUCAUUUCAUAUUCCAUCAGUUCUUUUUUAUUAACCUAUAAAUUAAGAGUACAAUCUUUGAUGAUUGCCUAUUUUUUCGGCUAAUGGUGAAUAAACUUUUGAAGGUUGUGAUGCUUGGUUUGGAUGCAUCUGGCAAAACAACAAUCUUGUACAGGCUGCACUACGGGGAUUUUGUUCAAACAAUCCCUACAGUAGGUUUUAAUGUCGAUAAGGUUCAGUACAAGAAUGUAUCAUUUAAUGUGUGGGAUGUUCGUGGACAAGAAAAGCUCAGAAAAUUAAGGAAGAUUUACUUCAGCAAUUCUGAUGCACUGAUCUAUGUUGUCGAUUCCUUGGACAGAGAAAGGAUCAAAGAUGCCAGACAAGAAUUCCAGACCAUUAUCAAGGAACCUUUGAUGUCAAAGAGCAUAAUCUUGGUAUUAGCAAACAAACAGGACUUGAAAGGUUCAAUGAGCCCGGCGGAAGUGAGCGAAGGGCUGGGCCUACAUGAUCUCAAGAACAAGAUAUGGCACAUACAGGGGGCGUGCGCUAUACGCGGCGAGGGCAUCUACGAUGGUCUCGACUGGCUCGCGUCCACCUUGAAGCAGUUGCAGGAACCAUUAAGGCAUCUCCAAUAG